AUGUCGACCCGAACGCCUGCCGCCGGUACUUCAUUCGUCGGCGACGCCAAGCGACCUCUCCGGUCUGCCUCGGUCGUCCCGUCCGGUUCGACUACCCCUUUCACUCCGGUCUCCGCUCCUAGCCCUGGGGGCUCUCUCGGAUUCUACGGAGCAAUUAACCCUGCGCAACCUCCCGCUGGUCCGCCCGCGCCAUCGCCCCACUCGCCUGUCGAUGUUUGGACUAGCGAUUUUAGCCGCUUUCCAUCCUCGCAGCCCAGCGGUGCGAAUACUGCUACCCUCCCUAGACCUUUCACGGGCGACCUACCCGAAGGAUUGGGGGUCGGUGGAUCCAAUCCCACGCCUUACACUGUUCCUCACGCGUCGCCCCGCAAGGAUGGCCUCUUCUACGCCCGGUCGUCCGGCCGCGAUGCGGUCGGAGAGUGUCACCUCAACCUCCUCCUCCUCUUCAUCGGAGAUGCGUCAAGCCGCAAAAAUGCCAUCGACAAGAUUCAUUUGCGAGACCUCCUCGACAAGGACGGGAAAUUCAAGGCUCACCUCCGCCGACCGGACGAGGCCCAGCGCAUCUACCUUGAACUCAACUCUCCCGACGUUCAAGGUCGAUACCGUCCGCUCUUCGAAGAAUGCAAUGCUCUAGUCUGCAAAGACGUGGACCCGGACGACAUUGUCGACUCGAAGAACCUUGACGACAAGGACGGCCGAUUCUACCUCGCAGGGAAGCAACACGACCGAGUAGAGUACGUUACUGAAGGCAUGGAGAGCUUAGUCGCGGCGAUGCUGCGUUUGGAGGGCGAGAAUCAGUUCUGGAAGGUGGAUCACGCGGAGUCCCUUACCAAAGCUCUGUCUGGCGCGUCCUCUAGAGGUAUGAUCUCGGACGCCUAUCGCACUGUUCAAUACCGCGUGGCCAAAGUGUCGACGCUCAUUCAUCAACGUCUCGCACUACACGGCGGAUACACAUACCCUAGAUCCGUCAGAUCUACCGCCUCCGACUUCAGCAACGACCUGGCUACCUCCGUCACGAAGAGAGCCAUGGUCGAUAAAUGGCUGAGGCAACCCGAUAUAUUCCCUAAUCUUACCCCUGAGUACCAAGCAGUGGUACAACACCGUUUGAGUGACUCGCGGGAAAACGAGGAUCCGGCCUCCCUCGCGCAAGUCCCUCCGGAGCUGCGGUUUAAGAUUCUUCCCGGUUCGCUCCUCACUAGCGCCGUCAUCCUCAAUGCUUCCAUGACACAAGACUACGACGUGACGGGAGCCGGUUCGCUUGCUUCGCCGGAGCGAGUUGAACAAGAAUUGACUCACGGAGUAUCCCAAUCCACCGCCGAGCCGUCUGUUCCUCCUAAGAGGAUCACUCGAGUUCGAUUACCGCCUCCGACCGUCGACACUCGUCCCCGCUACACGCAAAGGUCAAGCUACGGGAACCCCACGUUCGAACUACAGCCUCCAGGCGAAACGACUCGGCGCGUCCAGUUCCAGGAACCUCCGUCGAUCAGCCAAACUGGUCUACCGGACAUAAGCGCAUCCCUCGCCUUCCCGACUCAACCGUUUUCAGCCCCGACUUCCAAGGAAGAGCGGCGAUCGUCCGGUCCUCACCCCCGUGGCCAUUCUCGCGCCUUGCCCGACUCGUCCGCUGCUCAAGCCGUACGUGACGCGGUGUACCCGAACGGAGUGCCGCCGUCAGUAGCUCAACCGUCCCAAGCUAAUCCCUCAGCGUCCACGAACGCUGGCAUCUAUCAAGGAUACAGAGACCUUCCUCCUCAUCUCGCUCAACCUAACGUCGCUCCGCAAGCCUUCAAAGGGCCGAACGGUGAUCACUACUACGUUUACCAACCCAACUCUGCCGGUUAUGCGACGUACGGAGGGAACCGCCCUCCUACGUCUCAUCUUCUGAAUCCUACCCCAUCUCCGCAAGGCCCCGGGAGUCCUGGUCCUCCCUCCAAUCAUUCGCCUAGCUACCCCGGAGAUGCGAACCCGGGCGGUGGCCCGCCAUUCGGAGGACCUCCGGGCGGUGGUGGUGACGGCGGUGGCGGUGGUGGCGGCGGUGGUGGUAGCGGUGGCGGUGGCGGCGGUCCCGAGUACGACCCGUACGGUGGAGGCCCCCCCGGUGGAGGUCCCCCUCCUGACGGAGGCUAUUCCUACGGGUUUCUCCCUGGCAACCAGCCCACUAUCAUCAUACACCAUACUCCUGCUCCUCGCGAGCUAGGCGUGCGCCUCGACCAGAAGAUUUCGCGCGACUCCAUCCCGGAGUGGGACGGUCGGCUCCCUACUAUCCUAGUUUAUCUCCAUAAGAUGAACAACCUUGCCAACAAGAAUGAAUACGUUGCUCGGGACCUAGGAGCCGCUGCUCCCGACCGCUUUACGGGCCGAGCUGAGAGCUGGUGGCAGAUGCUCGGCUUGCAACAUCAACAACUUUAUUCUUCUAGUUGGUGGGCUCUGUACCAGGGCAUCAAGAUUCAAUUCUUUACUCACAAGUUCCUCAUGGCGCUACGAACUCACUACGAUGCUGCCUUGAUGGCCAAGGUCGCCGACAAGACGGACGAGCUCAUAGCCUUCGCCGGCUUGGGUCUGGCUCGCUCGUCGCAAUAUGAGCAAGUCCUCCGACUCCCGACAUCUAAGCCCGACCUGCGCUUUACGAGCAAAACCAAACGCGCGCAUGCUGCGGACAGCAUUGGAGGAGGAUUUGAGUUUGACGACGAAAGCGACCCCUCCGAGAGCCCGGCGACUUCGAGUGGGAUCGGCGAGGGCGAUGUUGCCGCCCCGCUAACCCAAUCUCGAGACGUCGCAACCGCUGCAUCUCAAGGACAAUCUUCUAAGUCUAUUCGAGGUGCAGGGCGUAAACCGCCUCGAGGUGGCCACCAAUUCAAACGCGAUGACUCCGUCAAAAGCAAGGUGUGCGGUAGUCCGUACCACUGGGACCGAGACUGUCCGCACUGGAACGAAUACGACAUUGGACGUAACACUUUCCUCAUCGGAGCUGAGUAUGAUUGCGACAAACAAGAGAACGAAGACUACGAGCAGGCUUUCGUAGCGUACAUCUGUAGUAGUCUGAACAAUACCAAACUUUCGAGCGCGUUAUGGACGGAUAUCCGUCAGGCUGAAGGACUUUACUUGAAAGUUAACGCUGUCUCCCGACCUUCGACACGCUCCGUGACCAUCGAAGAAGAAGCCAAGACUCUGUCCCAGGCUACCGAAGUCCUCCCGCUUGACCCACAUUAUUUAACCCGGAGUGAGAUUUGCCCGUUUGGAACGUUGACCCGGAGGCCGGCCGGAGCAGCCCCAGGGUCCGGCCGGAACGUUUGCAACGGUGCCAUUGCAAUGCUCCGGCUGGAGGGCAUGGCCGGCUGGUCAUCCACCAUCUCCAGCGUUGCGGCCGGCCUCCCCUGGAACCUUCCCAAGACGUUGCAACGGUCCGGCCGGAGGGCAUAUGGGCCGGUCAUCCUCUUUCCAACAGUCCGGCCGGAGCAGGCAGAUUUCUGA